CUCGCUUCGGCUCUGCUCUGCUCUGUCUCUGCUCCGCGGCUCAGCCAAGUUUCAGUCUAUCAGCGUCUUUUCGCGCGUUCAGUUCUGUGCGCGUGCGCGUUAACAACAACAACAACAGCUACAGCUACGAACUACGUCAGUUCGCACAGCAGCCCACGCGAAACAACAAAAAAAAAAAACAACAUAAGCUCAACUUGAGCUUGAGCUUGAGAUGCUGCUGCUGGUUUUUUAUAUAUUUUAUGCAAAUCACAGCGCUUAACUUUUUUAGCUUCAAUUGCCAGUUUCGUCAUUGAUGUGAAAGUAAAAAUUCUUUGCCUACGCCUCAUUUGGCAUUGUGAAAUUCACAGUUACUAACAAAAGAAAUUGUGCAAAAUACAAACAACAAUAUUACAAAUAUUACGAAAUGCGCGUGCAGCUCGCGUAACAACAAAAAACAAUAACAGUGAAAACUAAAGCAAAUAGAAAAGCUCAAGAAAUUGCCGCCAAAUGAGUAAUGAGCGUCUUGGCCAUUUUUUAUGCCUUUGUGUCUCAAGUGUUAAUUGAUUGCCAAAAAAAAAAAAUAAGCUAAAGUGUAUGUUUGUCAUAAAAAUUUAAACAAUUUAACGGCACUUUUACUGGAGCAACUACGCGUAAGCUUAGGAUCAAAGGAAAUACCAGCAACUGUGAAGAAGUGACCAAGCGAUAAAGUUCGAGCGACAGAGCGAACGAGCGAGACCCAGUCGAGAGUAAUAAACAAUUCGCACACUGUGGCCAGCGUGAGACGAGCAGCAAACCGAAUGCAGUAUCUCAACUACGCGCUGCAAACAUCCACGCGACUGCUGACCAGCCAGAGCCAGAGCCACAGCCAGAAUCCCAAUCAUCAGCAGCAGCAGCAGCAGAAGCAGAGCCCAUUGAGCCAGGCGGCCAUCGAGGCGGAGCGCGAGCGAGACCGAGAACUUGAGGAGCAAAUUGCGCACGCGUGCUGCAGUCGUGGGGCUCAAUUGCUGAGACUGCGUCAACAGGAGCUGGCCAAGCGACGAGCGCUGGAGAGGAUUAGCCUAGAGGAUCAGCUGAACGCGAAUCUUGAGAGCGACAGCGACAGCGACGUAGCAGAGCGACAGAGCAGCGAGACAGAGCAGGAUCAGCAAGAGGAAGGUGCCGUCGGUGGAGUCAGGACGUCAGCUCGACCACAACCGCAGCCAGUCCAAUGAAAUUUACUCUCGCUUAAUGUGCAACUGGCGCGCAGCAAGCUGCUCUCGUUCUUUAAUCGCGACAUGGCCGCCACCGAUGGCCAAAUCAUUUUGGCCGCCUCGCGCUUUGGCGACGCCACGCCCGUCUACUUGCGCGACUUCUCCAAGCAGCCGCUGCCGGCGGUGGCCAAAAUCAUCAAGGGGCAGCAUCAGGCGCUCGGCGUACCCACGCUCUCCGCCCCCUCGCUGCAGAGCACGGCGCUCUUCCUGAGCGCCGGCAAAAAGUACCAAAUUCUCGCCCAGCCCAUUAAGAUCAAGGAGGGCCGCAAGCCACAAAAUGUGGGCGCCAAAGUGCUCAUCCCGGAGACCUACAGCGGCUACUUUGAGCUGCUCAGCGAAGACGGUCGCUCCACGCGCUGCAUCGAUUCCGUGCUGGAGCUGUCGCGUCGCCGCAACGCGCGCGUCCUGGUGCGCGAAACCUUCCGUUGCCAUCAGCUCAAUCGCACCAUCCACGCCGGCGAGCUGCUCACCACCAUGAACGACAACGGCAAGUACCUGCAGUGCCGCAACAUCAAGGACGAGAUCAUCAAUCUGCCCCUCGAUACCAAAGCCAAGUUCUCGCCCAUCGCGCGCGAGGACAGCAUCAGCGGCGUCCACACCGUCAAGAAUCUGCUGCUCAAGCGCAUGCCCGUCAUUGUCAGACUGGUGCAUGGCAGCGCGCCCAAAGGAUUGAAGCAGCCGUUUGUGCCCGAGCUGCGUUUGCUGGGCUGCGUGGAGAUCGAUCGCAUGUUUGCGCUGCCGCUGCAGAAGGACACGGAUCUGGUGCCGGUGCCAUUGAAUGCCAAGAUUAAGCUGCAGCGUGCCAAGAACAUGGAGCAGCUGGAGCAUUUUAUUGAGUACACGCGCUUUCUGGACAAGGCGCAGCGUUUGCUGGCGGAUGCGCGCGAUCGCCUGCAGAUCGUCGAUCUCAAGCUGAGCGAGAAGGAGAAGAAGGACUCCAAGUUCAGCAGUCGCAACAGCGCCGCCAAUCGCCUGCCCCUGGUCAUGCUGCCCUCCGCAGCGGGCGUGGCCAGCGGCCUGGCCGAGAGCGGCUAUGUGCUGCGCAAAAGCGCCAGCUGCGAUAGUUGGUCCAAGCAGCAGCAGCAGCUGAUGAACAGCAGCGAGAUUGCCGAGGAGUACAACGAGAUCGAUCAUAUCUAUGACUAUGUGCGUGGACUGACGCCGCUCUCGAAGGGAUUGGCGCGCUUCGAGCCGAUUUGUGAGUCGCCCACCAUGAAGUCGCAUCACACAGACAGCAGCGGCAAUGGCAACUAUUGCAGCUUGAUACGCGCGCCGGCAGCAACACAUCACCAGCAGCAGCAGCAGCAACAUCAUGCAAGCAACAACAACAACAACUACAGCAGCUUGGAGUCGAAUAAGCGCAGCAACAGCAGCAAUGGCAUGCAACAGCAACAGCACCAACACCAGCAGCAACAGUUGCUGGUGAAUCACUAUCAUCACAGCCAUAUACAGGAGGACAUCAAGCCGGUGCCGCCGCCCAUUGAGACCAUUCCGGGCAAGAAGCCAGCGGAGAAGCGUCAGCGUCCCACUUUACCAAAGCUUUACAUCAAGAACUCCAAUGGCAGCGCCGGCAGCAGCAGCAACGGCAACUCCAGUCACAGUCACAGCCAUAGUCACACACACAGUCACACACAGCAGCAGCAGCAGCAGCUGCAACAGUUGCCGCUUUCCAACAGCAACAAUCUGAAUAACAACAACACGGCUGCUGCUGUUGCCAGCGCUGCUGCCGCAGCAGUUGCUGCUCAUCAUGCACACACACAUGCGCACGCUCACCCACAUGCACAUGCACACACACACGCACACUCGCACACACACGCACACGCAGCGCUGGCUCACACACACCAUCACGGCAAGGUGCUGACGCCCAACAAUCAUCUGCCAGCCAAGGAAUCGCUCGAGCCGCAGUCGCCGCUGUUUCAUAUACGUUACAAAAGUCUCAGCAGCCUGCAGCUGACACCAGACAGCAGCAACAACACAGCGGCGGCAUUGACGCCGCCAACGAUCUCAGCCAAGGCGGCGGCGGCGGCGGCGGCGACUGCAGCUGCUGGUGGUGGUCAACAGGCCUCGCCGGAUGUGCUGCUCAAGUGCGGCAGCAUACUCAAUGCGCAUGGCUAUCUGGCCCAAAGUCACAGUCAGAGUCACAGUCACAGCCGCAGCUCGAGCAGCAACAAUCAUCACAAUCCGCGCGAGGGAACGCUGGACUCGUCGCGCAGCGGGGGACGCACGUCGGGCGAUUCGCAGAAGCUGCCGGAGAAGAAGACCAGGCGACUGUCGCGGCCGCGCAGUUUGUCCAAUCUGGUGUGGGAUCUGCGGCCGAGCAAGGAGAAGUCCAAGAAGAAGCUCUACAUACACCACUUCGAUCAGCGACAGCAGGCGACGCUCUAUCUGUAGAGGCGUCUCCAGCACCACCAGCACCACCAGCAGCAGCAGCAGCAGGCGGCGGGUGUCAAGUGUAGUAGGAGAAGAUUCGUUGCCAAAUCGUUUUGCUGCCAUCAACGACAAAAA